CCUCGUCCCAAGGCAGAAGUAACCGGGGCGAAGGAUACGAGAACGAGACCCCAACCCUGAAACAAGCAGGGAAAAUGGCAGGAGGGUUCAGAGUGCUCCAUCUUGUUAGGCCAUUCCUAGCAUUCUUGCCUGAAGUUCAGAGUGCUGAUCGUAAAAUUCCCUUUAGGGAAAAAGUUAUCUACACUGUCAUCUCCCUCUUUAUCUUUCUAGUUUGCAGUCAGCUUCCUCUUUAUGGACUGUGGGACCGAUUUCCUACCGCGAGAACAGUACAGCAAAUGAUGGAGACGAUGGAGAGGAUCAUGGAUGAUCCCCUUGGUUACAGUGUCACGUCAUUACCUUCCGUGGGUGGUGAGGAAUUUGGGGGCGGUUAUAGGAGGGGAAGGACUCCAUGGGAGAUCAAAGAGGGGGAAGGUGUGUACAAGAUGAGGUUCGACAUGCCCGGCAUGACCAAGAAUGAUGUCAAGGUGUGGGUGGAGGAAAGAAUGCUGGUCAUCAAGGCAGAGAAACUGCCCAAGGAAAUAAAAGAAGGGGAGGAAGAAGAAUGGUCUGCCAAGAGCUAUGGUCGAUAUAACAGUAGGAUCGCAUUGCCCGAUACCAUCGACCUGGAAAAGAUCAAGGCAGAGGUGAAGGAUGGGGUGCUCUAUGUGACAAUUCCAAAGGCUUCACCUUCAAGCAAGGUCGUUGACAUCAGUGUUCAAUGAACUUGUCGUCACGGAGAUAGUGUCUUUCCUCUCGUAACAUCGCCUUAGUUUCCUGUUUCUGUACAUGCAUCUUGGAAUGUCAAAAAAUGUCCUUUAAUCAAUGGAGCAGUUGUGGGUAUA